AUGUUCAUAUUGAGUGUGCUAGAGGGGAUAGUCUUACUGUUUUAUGUAGGAUAUUUGGUUCGAGAGUACUCACAACAACAAGUACCAUUUUAUGUGAAAUUGUUAACAUACAUUUCAUGGAUCCUUUCAUUUGGAAUUGUAUUUAUCAUACCUCAUGACAUCUAUUACACAAUCAAUGAUUAUGGUGAUGGCUAUGACUACACUGUGAUAUUAUGGAAAUGGAUAUAUUGGGGCAAUUUCAUACUGUGCUGGCUAAUAUUACCAGUUUGUUAGGAAUAUGAGGAUGCGGGGGAAUUCAGCUUCAAAGACAAAUUGAUACGAUCUUUUAAGAACAAUAUAAUCAUCUAUGCUUAUUUUUUAUUGUUUGGUUUAAUCUUUAUUGCCUACCUGGCUAUUUUCAACAAACUGGACUUUAAUUCAAUUUUAAAAGUAUUAGUUGCUUUAGCUUAUGCAUUUGGCAUUUUGUUAGUAGUUAUAUUACUAGGACAUGGUUUAGUAGCAAUCCCAAGAGAAUAUUGGAGGAAGGCACAAUAUUAAAAAUGUUUAAAAGCACUCUAUUUAGAGGCUGCCCAAAUUAAUCAUACUAUUUAAGAACUUUAUAUCUAACUAUUCAAUAUGACUAUUGAAUUGAAAUAAAAUAAAUAACUCAAUCCGAAUUAACAAUGUAUAGAUUAUAUAUUGAAUGAAAUCCCUUAUGAAAUCAUAGAGGAUGCUUCUCAUAAAUUAUUGAAUAUCAUUGAAGUUAAACAACUAUCAUCCUUUUGUGAGAUUAAUAAGAAGGCUAAAAAGAGAGCUGCAGAAUAUAAAAGAGCCUAAACUAAAUGGGAUCACAUUUGCACUGAAUGUUUUCUCUUAGAAGACAUGAUUGAUAACGAAUUCAGUGUGCAUUACAAAAUUAGAUCGACAUUACGUUAUCCAAAGUCUGGGUAAUUUGGUCAUUAUGUUGAUAUACUGCAAUGGCUUUGGUAUACUAAAAUAAAGAAGGCUUAUUUAUUAUCUUUGUGUGUGAUUUUCUCAAUAUUAUCAAGCAUUGUGAUAUUGUCCGAGAUAUCAUGCUUUACUGAAUUUGACUUUAAUAUCCUUAGUAGAAUAAUCAAUGUCAAUGGAUUCAUGCAUACUUAAAUAUCAAUCUUAAUACCUUUGAUGUAUAUAUCUUUUUGUGCUUUUUAUGGACUAUUUCACAUUAACUUUGCUGGAAUGUAUGGCUUUUAUAAUCACUAGCAAACUGAUGCACCUAGCUUGAUGUUUGGCUCAAUCAAUUUUUCUAGAGUAUCUUUUCCGUUGACUUUCAAUUUCUUACAGAUGAUCCACAUUUAGGGUACUCCUUUUGAGGAUGUGGUUGGCAAUAUGGAUACUAGUUCAGUUUUAGGGAUGUCUUUUUCAUAUUCAUUGCCUAUCUUAUUGAUAAUGGCAUCGAUUUUCAACUUCUUUGAAGUUUAUGAUAAGAUUCUUUAAGUUGUUGGAUUACCUUAAUUCAAGUUUUCGUAAACUCAGUUCAAUAGUGAGGAAGGAGAGCGCUUGAUUUGCAAGGCGAGAGUGAAGAGAGAGAGGGAUAUAUUGAAUAAGGUUGGCAUAAAAUUUUUGGAUUAAUGUGAAAUGCGGGAAUUGGAUAGCAGAAUGAUUUAAUUUGUAUGA